AUGGGUAUGUCAAUCUCGAAGAUGUUGGAGCGGCUCUGGGGAAAGAAGGAGAUGAGAAUUUUGAUGGUUGGUCUCGAUGCUGCCGGAAAGACCACCAUCCUUUACAAGCUUAAGCUCGGUGAAAUCGUCACUACCAUUCCCACCAUCGGUUUCAAUGUCGAGACCGUCGAGUACCGAAACAUCUCGUUCACCGUCUGGGACGUUGGUGGUCAGGACAAGAUUCGACCUCUGUGGCGUCACUACUUCCAGAACACCCAGGGUAUCAUCUUCGUCGUGGAUAGCAACGAUCGAGACCGUAUCACCGAAGCCAGGGAAGAACUCCAGCGCAUGCUGAACGAGGACGAGCUCAGGGACGCCAUCCUACUAGUCUUUGCCAACAAGCAGGAUCUUCCCAACGCCAUGGCUGCCGCCGAGAUUACCGACAAGCUUGGCCUCCACAGCUUGAGACAACGCGCCUGGUACAUCCAGUCGACGUGCGCCACAUCUGGUGAUGGUCUCUACGAGGGUCUCGAGUGGCUCGCCACCACCCUCCGAAGUUCCAAGCGUGACGGAUAA